UCUCCCCCCUUAAUACGGAGAGCCCCCCACAGCUGCGAUUGUGACUACAUUUGGAGCGACAGUCCGUGGUGAAGGGCCAGUGGGGAGGGGACCGCCGGGCUGAGGACUCAUGCCCACUUCACGCUGCGCGCAGUGCACGAGAAGCAACUCACUCGCUGAUGUACAAAUUGGUUUGCAACCUCUGAUUGAUGGACUGUAUGAGCACACCUAAGACAGAGGUCUUUAGGUCUGAUGGAAUCUGAAUUUUAUGGGAAAGAAAGAACAACCCUUCUGCUUCCCAUUCCUGAAUCCUUCUAAGGGACAUGGACGCCAUGGAGAACCCAGUCCUGGAGCCCAGAGCAGAGCGGAUCGCUCGUUAUAAGGCUGAGAGGAGACGAGAACUGGCCGAACGUUAUGGCAAUAUGGAGGAGCUGCCUUCCAAGUGGGUGAGGAGGGAUGGGAAAGAGGUGCAUGACCUGGCAACCCAAGCCCACAGCGGGACACUGAACUCAGAUGGCCUGAGUGAAAGCGUUAAUGGCAGGACGCGAGGGAUUACAAAUGGAUUAGAAGUAGACACUCCUGCAGAGUCCAACUACCUGGGAAGGCAGGGUUCCCAGGACUCUGCCAGCAUAUUGAGUGGGGAGGGGCACCCUGUUGGACUCGAUGCCCCACAGCUCCACACUCGGGUGUCUGUAGGCCAGUUGAGAAGUGCCCUUCUGCAGCAGACGGGGAGCGGAGUGCAGCCCGAGAAAGUCUGCCCUGAUGCCGGGCGAGCCACGUCCUCUCUGGACCUGGCUGUGAAGCCGGGCUCUGAGGGGGGCCGGCGACGCACCCGGCGCUACCUCCCUGGCGGGUCAGGUGGCGGUCGCAAGACCAGCGAACGCUUCAGGACACAGCCGAUCACGGCCAAUGAGAUGGAGGAGAGCAGCGGGCUGUUGGACGCAGAGGAAGACGAGAACUGUAAAGCUGAUGUGAAAACAGACGACAGAGCCAAAAUGAGCGUGGCAGCCAAGAUGUCUUUGUUUAAAGAGCUGGAGAAGUCUGCAGCCCCCGAGGCCCCGGGCUUUCAGAAGCCUCGACAGGGCACUGCCUGUCAUGAACGCAGGGUGCGACGUGGCAACGACCAUCGCUUCCUCACUCAGCCAAUCACCUGUGAGGAAAUUGUGGCUAUCAGUGCUCCCAAACCAGAACUUCCAGUGGAGUCCCAGUCCGUGCAAGCGGAGUCGGUGGAAGAUGGCGAUGAGAGCUGCAGGCUGAGCAUGAGCGAGAAGCUGGCCCUCUUCAACAAACUGUCUCUGCCGGGGAGGCAGGGGGCCGGUCAUCCUGAUGGGCCCCCAGAGAGGCGAAGGCAGAAGGGGGCUCGGUACCGCACACAGCCCAUCACUGUGGAGGAGGUCAGCCUGCUCCAGAAAGGCCCCGUACAGCUUCCUGCCUUCUGUUUGUCCCCUCAUCUGUCCGACAGACAGCAGGCCUCGUCUGUCAACCUUAAACCCAGUGAGGUGCGUCUUUCUCAGCCAAGACCGGACACUGAGCACAGUCCGGCCCAGCAGGGCCUGCAGCGCUACGACUCUGAGCCUGGCUUGAGAGGAAUCCUGAAGAAGAGUCGCUCUGGAGGCUCGGAAAGGAGCUGGAUGGAGGGCAGUCACACGGAUAGCCAUGAACAGAACGGUGGAGGCUGUGGAGAAGCAGUGAUACAGGGGAGGACAGAGGGAACAGAGAGGCAAGAAAUUGUCUCAGCACCGCGGAGAGAGAGAUGUGAGGCUUCAGGCGUAGAAGAAGGCUCACUGACUGCUGCUCCCUGGAGGCAGAGGGCCCGAAACAGGAGGGAAACCAUCGCCUGCACACCGAUAAGGGCCUUGUCUGAGCAGGACACUCCUCAGGAGGAGAGGUCCUGUCAGGCCAAACCACAGGACCAGUCGGCCUCCUCUGUGGAAUGCAGCUCAGACACUACCAGGGGAGUCCUGCAACAGGGUGAGGAAGGGACUGCGAGGAAGCUCAGUGAAGAAACCACGGGACGUGUUCAGGUUACACUUGUGGACGGCGCUUCUAAACCGCAGGAGACAGCCAACACCACCAGCAGUAGUACGGAGGAGACAGAAAACCUUCCUGUUGGAAGCGUCAACCCUCAGUGUUGGGAACCCGUCUUUGCCUCUGUCUAUUCUAGCAGUACGCCCCAAUAUAUCAUGUGUUUCAAUCAGACAAAUCUGUCCUUUGAGGCACAAGAAGUCUCCACUCCUACCCAGACCCUGAUUCAGCCUCAGUGGAGACAAAAGGGUAAGGGUGUUGAGGAUGAACCGUUUCAGACGGACAGAGCCGAGGAAAUGAAUGCGCAGCGGGAAAGAAAAGAGCCGGAGACUGGACGCAUGGCCAAGAGAGGUCUUGGAUAUCCAGAAUCAGACAUAAAUGAAGAUCCAACAUGUACAUAUGAAGAGAUCUCCCCGCAGUCUGUGAUGGAGUUUGAAGCUCCGCAGAGCUCUGCACUCUCUGCGCCUCCACAAGAGGUGAAGGAGGAGGCGCCCGUGGACGAAUCCAUCACGUUUGAUGGAGGUUCCUACAGCGAUCGGUCGCCUCCCUCAACCGGUGCCCCACCGCCCUGCGGAGAUGUUGCUGCCACAGAGAGUGAGCGGGACCUGGAUGUCCUCUGCCAGACCAACACACCCAUACUGACUUCAGCAGUAGCAGAGCACAGACGGUCGGUGCGUCCAUCCCGUCGGACUCAGGGCUCCAGAAACCCUCUGAGGGCUCUCGCUGCCAGAGAGGACAUCAGGCAGGACUACAUGGGAGAGAGAGUCAACACAGCUGCUGAGGAAAGGAUCCAGGCAGAGAAGAAGUCUAAGAACUCUGUGGCAGAUUCACAUCCUGCCAGAUCAGAGGACUUUAUCCUGUCCUCAGAUGCUGCAUCUACCAAGUCUUAUCCUCCCUUCAGCAGCCUGAUGCUCAUUCACAUCAAAGGUAGGCGGCAUGUCCAAGUCCGUCUGGUGGAGCCCUCAGUGCGGUCCCUGAACAGUGGAGACUGCUUCCUGCUGGUCACUCCGGAGCAUUGCAUCCUGUGGAGUGGAGAGUUUUCCAACGAACAAGAGAAAGCCAAGGCCUCAGAGCUGGCGUCGUUCAUCCAGACUCAGAGGGACCUCGGCUGUCAGGCCUCCCAGGUCGUCCAUCUGGAGGAGGGGCUGAACUCUGACAGCGGUGUGGCUGCGGACUUCUGGAACCUUCUAGGAGGAAGGACACAGUACAGAGGAGCUGGUGCACCAGAGGAGGAUGAGCUCUAUGAGCGCGGCGUGGUGGAGUCCAACUGUGUGUACAGGCUGGUGGAGAACAGACUGGUGCCUCAUGAACAAGCCUGGGCCUCCAUCCCCACCAUCUCCCUGCUGGGCUCCGCCGAGGCCCUGGUGUUUGACUUCGGCAGUGAGGUGUACCUGUGGCAUGGACAGGAUGUUUCCUGCAGCAGGAGAAAUGUUGCUCUUCAGCUGACUCACCAGGUGUGGGUCGGCGCUUAUGACUACAGCAACUGUCGAGUCAACCCACUGGAUCCCACACAGUGCAACCCCAGCAUACAGCUGAGGGGGGAGGGUCGUCCCAGCUGGGCGCUGUUCGGCGUAAUGUCAGAGCACAAUGAGACGGUUCUGUUCAGAGAGAAGUUCAAGGACUGGACGGACGGGACUGGAGGCAGCGAGGAAGCUGCUUCAGUCUCUCCACAGUCCGUCCCAGUUCAGCUUUCCCAGUCCGUCUGCCCAGCAUCAGAUCCCCUGAGCCCCUGUGAUGCUAAGGCCCUAGUGUCGGGGCAGACGCUGGAAGGAGACGGUUUGGUCCACAACGUGUUGGAUGGGGUCGAUGUCCAGAGGGGUCACGGUGUCAUCACCCUGGAUGAAGGACGUCAGAUGGAGCUGAAAACGGUUGCGGUUUACACCUGGCAUGUCCAGGAGUUUGAUGACAGUGAAGUCCCUGUGGAGAGCACAGGACAGCUUCAUGAGGGAGACUCCUACGUCAUCCGCUGGACGUACAGCAUCAAUACAGUUGAUAAGAUAAGCAGUUCGGAUGAUUGUCACGGACAAAAAGAAAACACUGCCUUCUUCCUGUGGCGGGGCCGUCACUCCAGCGUCAGUGGACGUGACACUGCUGCUUUCCUGUCCAUCGGGAUGACCAACCAUGAGGAGGCACAGGUGAUUGUACCUCAGGGAAAAGAACCUCCCUGCUUCCUGCAGCUUUUCCAGGGAGGCCUGGUCAUUCAUAAGGGCAAGCGAGAGGAGGCCUCCACUAACGCAGCUGAGUGGCGUCUGUUCUGUGUUCGAGGGGAGCUGCCAGAGGAGGGAUCUCUGUUAGAGGUGGAUUGCUGCUGUGCAGGUCUGCGCUCCAGGGGCUCAGUUGUCCUGCUGAACAUCCAGCAGGGGGUGCUGUACCUCUGGAAUGGUUGUAAAGCCCAGGCCAGCACCAGAGAGGUCAGCAAGAGGGCAGUGGAGCGUCUCACUCAAAUGUGCCCACCAGAGCUGGGCCUCAGCAAAAGCAGUCCUGUGAAGGUGCAGGUUGUAGAAGAAGGUUCAGAGCCCGCAGACUUCUGGACAGCGCUGGGACAGAUGGACAGGAAGGCCUAUGACUGCAUGCUGCAAGAUCCAGGAAAGUAUAACUUUACGCCUCGUCUCUUCCAUCUGAGCGCCUCCUCCGGGAGCUUCCAGGGUGAAGAGCUGCAGAGUCCGAGCCGGCUGCCGGGGCUCGUGAUGGCAAUGCCCUUUGUCCAGGAGAGCCUGUACUCUGUACCACAACCAGCCUUGUUUUUGCUUGACAACCGUCUGGAGGUCUACCUAUGGCAGAGGGGUCAGCCUGAGCAGACAGAGAGCUCAGCUUCGGCCUGGAGCCGCUGGCACAGUGAGAGGAGGUGUGCCAUGCAGACGGCGCUGCAGUACUGCAAAGAGAUGAACCCCAGACGCCCACCUCACAGUUACCUCAUCCUUGAGGGGUCUGAACCUCUCACCUUCACUAAUGUCUUCCCCCGCUGGGAGAGAAGCCUGGGACCCCACACACAGGGCGACACAGGGAGGGUGAAGCUGACCUUGGUGCAGGACGCCCUGGCCCAGCUCAUGAAGACCCAGUAUCCUCUGGAGGAGCUGCUGCGGAGCCCCUUACCUGAAGGAGUAGACCCCCAGCACCUGGAGGUCUACCUGUCUGACCAGGACUUCCAGACUAUUUUGGAAAUGAAGAGAGAUGAAUACGCCUCUCUCCCGAGCUGGAAGCAAAUGGAUCUGAAGAAAAGCAAAGGGCUGCUUUGCUAGACAGCGAGAAUAUGUGGAGGCUGACUGACGCUCCUGUAGCAGGGACUUCCUCCUCCACCGAGCAGGGGAGUUGGCAGGGGGAUAUCACCACCACGUUGUUGCACAAAGGACUACUCAGAACGUAAUAAAAAGAAGAAAAAAAUAUUCACUUUUAUUUAUGUCAGAUUAGUAUGGUGUGUGGACUUUUUAUUGGACAUGGAUUUUUCUGUUGCUCUUGUCCAGAGCAAAAAAAAACAAAACACAUUUUGCUAUGACACUUCAUUUUAUCUGUACAAAUCAAUGAAAGAUAAAAAGAAAAGGCGUGUGGGAGUAAAAAGACCACAGUAACAAACUGUGGGACAAGGAUAAGAAAACAAAGAAGUGCUUACAAAAAAAAUCAAUGCUAAUAAACAAUGUAAACAAAGAGAAAAAAAAGGCUAACCACUUUCUAAAUGUUUCCUCCACGAUCGAUACCCUUCUAUCAAAACAUCUCUGCACGUUCAGAGCAACAGUUUUUGCCUCAGUUCGAUUUUGAUCAGCAGAACUGCUGCUUUUCUUCCCUACUUAAUGAUGAUAAUGAUUGUCUCCUGAAUCUUAAAACAAGCGUGUCUGACUCCCUAAUCUACAAUGUGUAUUUAACAGUUGUAUGUCACACAAUGUACUGAUGUGUUCAUUUGUCUGCCAGCCCUUUGUGUACAAAGGUUUGUGCCAUUUGUAUUGUAGCCAGAGCCCGUGUGUUCACUGUGGCUGUGGGUAAUGCCUUAUUAGGGCUCCUUGGGGAUUCACUAUUAGCUAUGCAUGAGGGAACAGGUAGACAUGCUCCAAUAACAUCCCUCUGGCCCAAAACAGCACGCUAAUUCUGCUUCACCUCAAUCAACACACUGUUCAAAACAUCCUCAUAACACGUCAAAGCACAAAGACACACUGUAACUCUCAGUACAGUGUGAAACUCAAUGUUUUCCGACAGGAAAAAAAUCAACUGUACCACGAACUGAUGUACCGAGCACCUCUGGGCCUGCUUUGAUAUUUGUAUCUGUGUCUUAUCCCUGGUCACAUGUCGAUAGAAACAGCAGAUCCAGUGGAAUCUGACAGCAGAUUUUCAUCUUCAACUUUUUGGGGUCUGAAUUAAAGGACUAGUGUUUCUUUUUUGA